AUGCUUACUGUUAAAAGAGUGAUAGGAGUAGCAAGCCUACUAAUUGUCACUUUAUUACUAUUAUUUAUUCAAUAUGUAUUUGUAAAAGAGAAUAGACAACCACAACAGUUAACAAACAACUCAGACGAGUGGUAUUAUGAUAACCCAUCCACAUUAACAUAUCCACAUGAUCGAUUCAAGGCUGCUCUUUUCACCUUUGUCAAGAAUGAUACAGCAUCACUAACAAAACUAAGACACACCAUUCGAAAUAUAGAAGAUCAGUUCAAUAAAGAGCGAGGAUAUCCUUAUAUUAUCUUUACUGAUCAAGACCUAUCGCAUGAAUAUAUGGAGUUGGCAAGCUCUUUAACAAAAGCCACUGUUAGAUUCGAAAAAGUUGACAGUGACUUUUAUGGAUAUCAUCCAGAGACGGAUCAGGACCGAGCAGCGCAGACAAGAGCUAAUAUGAGCCAGAUCAUGUUUGGUGACAGUGAAGACUAUCGAUUUCAAUCAAGGUUUAUGGCAGGAACGAUUUACAGACAUCCUAUCAUGCAGGAGCUGAAUUUCGGCUGGAGAUUUGAAGCAGGAACAGAGUACAUUUGUCCCAUUGAUCAAGACCUAUUUCAGUACAUGUAUGAAAACAACAAGACGUUAUCAUUCGUUAUAGCACUGUACGAGUAUGCUGAAACUAUACCUACUUUAUACGAAACAGUACUUGAUUUCGCAUCACAGCAUAAUGAAUGGAUAACAUCUAAUCAAGAUCCUGAUUCACUUUGGAAAUUUAUACAAGAUCCUUUCACCAAAAACUUUAACGGAUGUCAUUUGUGGAAUAAUUUCCAGAUAUCCAAUCUUGACUUUUUCAAAAGUGAAAAGUAUCAGCAGUAUUGGGAAUAUAUAGACAGCUCAAAUGGAAUAUUUUAUGAAAGGUGGGGUGAUCCAAUCAUUCAAUCCUUGGGUGCUGUGUUAUUCUUGACAAAGAAAGACAUUCAAUUCUUCGAUACGGUCGGAUACAGAGUAGCCAAUUCAUUUACACAUUGUCCAGCCAACUACUUUAAAUGUACAUGCAGGCCUGAACAGAACUUUGAUUUUAAUGGAUAUAGUUGUCUACGGUUUUAUUUUUAA